AUGACCGAGUUCAGGGAGGCGGUGACACUCGGGGACGUGGCCGUGGUCUUCAGCGAGGAGGAGCUGGGGCUGCUGGACACUGCGCAGAGGAAGCUGUACCGUGAGGUGAUGCUGGAGACCUUCAGGACGCUGCUGUCAGUGGGAGCCAGGAAUCUAGAUGAGACAGAGUCGCUUCAGGAGGUAGGAUGGAGGUACCUGCCGCACGAGGAGCUUUUCUGCUCAGGAAUCUGGCACCAAGUUUCCAGGGAGUUAACCCAGGGUGGAGACGGCACGGGGAACACCGGGGCAGCUGGCUCUGCACUGGGGAACCAGGAUGCUGUCCAGUGCGAAGAAGCGGAGUUCAGCAAACAUCCCGGGCAGAAUUCACGGCCUCAACUCCACUGUGGAAUGAACGGUGGUGACGAGCCUCACCAAGAGGAGAUGAGCGAGAAAGACUCCAACUGGGACUCGGGUCUUCCAGUGAAGGGGCAGGCCCAUGCAGGAGAGAGGAGGUGGAAAUGCGGCAGCUCCUUCUGCCGGCUGUCUGGUCUCCAAGCUCAUCAGGUAAGGCACACUGGAGAGAAACCAUACAAGUGUGAAGAAUGUGGAAAGGGCUUCACUCGGGCCUCAACGCUCCUGGACCAUCAGCGAGGCCACGCUGGAAACAAGCCCUACCAGUGCAAUGCUUGUUGGAAGAGUUUCUGUCGCAGCUCAGAAUUUCACAACCACCUAAGAGUGCACACGGGAGAAAAGCCCUACGCGUGUGGGGAGUGUGGCAAAGGCUUCAGCCAGGCCUCGCAUCUUCUGGCCCAUCAGAGAGGCCACACUGGCGAGAAGCCCUACAGGUGCAGCACGUGUGGGAAGGGCUUCAGCUGGAGUUCAGAUCUUAACGUUCACGGUCGCAUCCACACGGGAGAGAAGCCCUACAAAUGCCGGAAGUGUGGGAAAGCCUUCGGUCGAGUCUCGGUUCUCCAAGUGCAUCAGUGGGUCCACAGUGAAGAGAAACCGUUUCAGUGUGCAGAGUGUGGGAAGGGAUUCACCGUGGAGUCACACCUUCAAGCCCACCGGAGGUCCCACACCGGAGAAAGACCCUACCAGUGUGAGGACUGCGGGAGAGGCUUCUACCGCGCCUCCAAUUCUCUAGCUCACCGCGGGGUCCACACAGGAGAAAAACCGUACCCGUGCGAUGUGUGUGGCAAACGCUUCCGGCAGAGGUCCUACCUCCGUGACCACCACAGGACCCACACUGGAGAGAAACCGUACAAGUGUGAGGCGUGUGGCAAAGGGUUCAGCUGGAGCUCAAGCCUCCUGAUUCACCAGCGAGGCCACGCUGACAACGAGGGGCACAGGGAUUUCCCUGCACCCGAGGACUCGCCCAGGAAACACGCACUAUAG